AAUCGGAACAGCACACAGAGGAAGGAUCUAGCUUUGUCUGCUUACAGUUCUUGUAGUUUGAGUGUGUGGAAACAGCACGUGUCUCCGGUGCUGGCCGGGUUCAUCGGCGCUGGGGUCCUGGUUCUGGUAGUGUCCCUGGCCGUGUUCGUGUGGACCUGCUGCCACCAGCGCUACCACAAGAGCCUGGGCACCAACAACAACAGCGGGGAGCUGAGCGGCGACCCCCCCUACAGGUUCAUCCACAUGCUGAAGGGCAUCAGCAUCUACCCGGAGAGCCUGAGCGGGAGCAAGAGGAUGGUCCGCGUGGCGCGCAGGGCAGGGGCUGCCAGGCCGGGCCCCAGGGGCAGCCAUGAGGAGGGCAGCUGGGGGCCCAACACCGUGCUGGUGGAGGCGGCAUCGGAGAGCGGCUCUCGCAGCGCGCCUCACCAGCCUCACCCGCAACCGAGCAGCUGCACCCCAAAGCAGCUCCCCAUCCGAGCCGACUACAGCCCCGACCCGAGUCCGGAGCCCAGCCUUGGGCCCAGCAGCCUGGCCAGCAGCAAGACUGCUUCGCCCUUCACCCCUCUGGAGCCCGAGGAAGCCAAGCUGGGCACCCUGAGCUUCUCGGUGGACUACAACUUCCCCAAGAAGGCCCUGGUGGUGACGAUCCAGGAGGCGCGGGGGCUGCCCGCGGUGGACGAGCGCGCUGGCAGCUCCGACCCCUACAUCAAGAUGACCAUCCUGCCCGAGAAGAAGCACCGGGUGAAGACGCGGGUGCUGCGCAAGACCCUGGAGCCCGUGUUUGACGAGACCUUCACCUUCUACGGGGUGCCCUACAGCGGGCUGCAGGACCUGGUGCUGCACUUCCUGGUGCUCAGCUUCGACCGCUUCGCCCGCGAUGACGUUAUCGGAGAGGUGGUGGUGCCGCUGUCAGGGGUCGACCCCAGCACGGGCAAGGUGCAGCUCCAGCACGACAUUGUCAAGAGAACCAUCCAGCAGUGUGUGAGUCGGGGAGAGCUGCUGGUGUCCCUGUCAUACCAGCCUGUCACUCAGAGACUGAACGUGGUUGUGCUCAAAGCCAAGCACCUACCCAAAAUGGACAUCACUGGACUCUCAGACCCCUACGUGAAAGUGAACGUGUUCUACGGCCGCAAGCGCAUUGCUAAGAAAAAGACCCACGUGAAGAAGUGCACCCUGAACCCCGUGUUCAACGAGUCCUUCAUCUACGACAUGCCGGCUGAGCUUCUCCCCGACAUCAGCGUGGAGUUCCUGGUCAUCGACUUCGACCGCACCACCAAGAACGAGGUGGUGGGCAGGCUGGUCCUGGGGGUGCACAGCCCCACUGCCGCGGGCGCCACGCAUUGGAAGGAGGUGUGCGACAGCCCCAGGCGGCAGUUCGCCAAGUGGCACUGCCUGGGAGAGCACUAGCGGGAGACAAGCCAGACCAUGACAGACAGACAGACAGACAGACAGACAGACAGACAGACAGACAGACAGACAGACAGACGAGCCGCUACCACUACUGCUAUACUGGCAUCAAGCAUCUUUCAAAGGAACUUGUACAGAGAUGAAUACAGAAGAAAAAAAAAAUAUUAAAAUAAAAACAGACUUGUUUUAGUGCGAAAAAGCCUUGCUGUUAAUUCUGAGCUCUUUAGAGAUUUUACAGGGCACCGAAAAACACUCAGAAACAACAUACCAACAACCCAGGUGUAUUACUGGUGGUGACAGUAUAUUUCACUCUAUUGCAUGCCUGAAAAAACAGUGCAUAUAACUCUAUAACUGUUUGGUACUUAAUCUAACUUUCUUUUUUUUCUGCCAUCAAUGCAAGGGUCAAUAUUUCAUUUCUGCAGCAGCGUGUGAAAAAAAAAAAAGCCGAAAACAAAUCAAUGUUUUUUUGUUUUUUUUUUU